CAUGUUCAUAGUGUCGUAAAAAAAUUACCGUAAGUCAGUCUUUUUCACGGCGCAAUUUGAAAAGAAAACCGGCGAAAUGACCUUACUUUACUGUCGAUUAUAGUCAAACUACAUCAACACUCUCAUUCAAAAAUGUUCAGUUCAAAGCAGAAGGUAGACAAGCAUGUCGCAAGUGGAUUAUCUAGAAUUCAAGAUCCAAAACAGCGUUACAUGAAGGGAUAUUCCUAUGCCAAGCUCUAUUUUGAGAUCAAGGAAUAUGAUCAUGCUAAAAGAUACCUAACUGGCUAUAUGUCUAUAAACGACAAUAUGCCAGCCGCCCACAAACUAUUGGGUCAAAUCUAUGAUGCCACAAACGAAUGGGAAAAAGCUCUAGCCUGUUACAAAAGAUCACUAGAACUGGAUGAAAAGCAAAAGGAGCUGUUACUGAAGAUCUGUGAGCUCUGUUGCAAAUUCAGUUGUAAUCCUGAACAAGCUAGGUACUGGGCAGACAAAGCUGAAAACCUGUAUCCGGGUCAUGCAACAAUAUUUAAACUUAGGGAGGCCUUAUAUAGAGAGGAAGCGGAGGAGGGUCCUGACCAGAAGGAAUUGGAAAACCUUAUUACAACAGAACUGACGAAGCGUCCUAAGGAUGUUUCAUUACGCAUAAGGCUGUUGAAGCUCUACAUGGAUAUUGGUCGAGUAAACGAGGCGUACUCUCAUGCGGUUGACGUCGAGAAAAAAAUGGCAUUCAAAAAUAACUUGAGCUGGUAUGAGAUGCUGGUGGAGCUAUUUGAGGUGUACAAAACACAGAGUGGGCAACAUAUCAAUGGUAUGUUCCAUAUGCAGCAAUUGUCUGCCCUCAACUCAUUGACUGCCCUCACACUUGAGCUAAAAGGGGUCACUGAAAGUAUCCAGGCUCUCAAAAGUUUUGAUCAGUGCCUUCUCUCGUCAACCAAACAGAAAUGCAACGACCCACACUGGCGGCCAUUUUUGAUCGAAAUGGAGGCUCAGCUGUUUUUCUACGCUGGAACUGUCAUACUCAAACGUGCUCAAAAGAAUGACAUCAACUGGAAAGAUGCUGUUGCCAUGGCAUCUGUCUGUUACCUAGUAACUGGUGCUAUAGGGCCACUUAACUACCAAGAUGCGUGGUAUGUUAAUGCAAGUGGAGAAGAUAAAAAGUUGUAUAAAUCAUGGUAUGAUGGAGCAUGUGAUAGGCUUUGCCAGGCAGGUUACAUGGUACAAAGCAUGUGCAAAGGAGACUCAAAGAAAUGGCUGCAAACAGUAAAACAAAAUAUCAACUCUAAGCAGGCACAGCAAAAGCUCUAUACAUCUGUCUUCUCAAAAGCAGAACUACCCUCGCUAGAAAACUCAUUCUUGAUGCAGUCAUCUCGGUUGAGCAACUUCUCUGCAGACCUCCCAAACUCUAAGAAACUAGCUACUUAUAAACAAGUUGCCCACAAGUUGAGGCCUGAUAAUCUCCACUACCUUGUGUGGUUUGGACUCCAGAGCCAUCAACCAAAGGAUGCCUUCCAGUCUAACUACCAUUUGAAGGUGUUUGAGGGAAUACUUGAAUAUGCAGCAGACGACAUCCACUCAGGGGCCCCUGAGACACUAAGUCAACUUGAUACAGAGGGGUUCCUCUAUGCAACAAUUCACUGUACAAGUGUCCAGAUAGAAGAACGUAAGGCUAUUGCACAGCCUCCAGCAGAGCAGCCCUACUUACUCCCAGCAUGCAUCAAUGACCCCUUGUGUUCAGCAAAGCAAUCUGAUUGGUGGACUACAGCACAUAAACUGUCAACUGACAAUGCCAGGGACGGCUAUUUUAAAUUGAGGCAGACUCUCCAACGAGGACUCGAAACAAUUAGACUCAUUGGGAAUCAUGGGAUGGACGUGCAGCUGGUUGUUCAUCUCGCUAAAACAUUCGCAAAUUGUGUCCCAGAAAAUUCAAUAAAUCUGUCGCGUGAGGAACUUGGUCAAAGAGAUAUGGCUGUGCUGUACUGGAAGAACGCCAUUGAAACCUUAAAAAAGCAUGCCAAGAACCAACAACCAAGAAUUGCCAAAGAUCCAAUAUUUCCCAUGACAAAAUCUGCUAAGUUGCCUGUGGACAAAUUGCUCAAUGAGGGAAAAUUUUUCCUGGCCAAAAUUGCAAUGAGCACUGGGCGAAAUGAGGAGGCCGCUAAAGCAUUUGCAGAAAUUCCAACCCCCUAUGCUUCACACAACCAAGCUAAGGUCUAUAUGAAGAUGGCAGAAGACGUAGAGUCAUGUCCCCAGGAAGACUUUACUGAUGAUUUGAAGACAGAAUGGAUUGCGUUGCUCACAAAGGCUAAGGAAGCUCUAUACGUUACAUUGGACAGAACUCGUGGAGACAAAAAUCAUAAAUUGAAUCAAAUUCUGGUUGAAGACCUUAAUGAAGUGGAGUCAAAGCUGGAAGAUAUCGAAGCAGAAAAGACAGGCAAGAAUUCUACAUGGAUUGGUGAUGAGACCCCCCAAAUUGACAGCCCAGCGUCUCACAGUACUCCCACAGAUUCACGUAUCAGGACCUCUUUGUCCAGAAGCCUUCAUAAUAACUCCCAGCAUAUCAGACCAAGCCCUGAACGUCUUGAUGCCCAGAUGCGUUCAAUUUCAACCAAUCAGGAUGCUAUGAUUAAGGCUGUGCUAGACUGCAAUAAACAGUUGAUGGAAUCGCAGCAAGAAGUUGUCCGAGAACUAAAAGAAAGUCGUGAGAUCAUCGGAACAUUGAAGGCCGAGUUGGAAACCUACCGCAGAGAAGACAGCAUGCGCAAUUCCCUUUUGGGUGGCACUCCUGUAUCAAACUAUAGAGGGCGUCCUAUGGUGUAUACUCCUCAGGGGCCCUCACCACAGCUGUACCAGCAUUCUCCCAUGCCCCAGCCUGGACCCGGGAUGCAUCCCACUCCACCCCAUGGCCCACCCUUACCCCAUGGGCCUCAUCCCCCUCAACCUGGAGCUCAUCCCCCUCCACCUGGAGCUCAUCCCCCACCAUAUGGUCCUCAACCCCUGCCCCAUGGUGCCCAUCCUACUCCACCAGGACCUCCACCUCCUCAUCUUCCAAUGCAUCAUGGACCAAAUUACGUACCCCCAUAUCCUCUUGGCCCUAACCCACCUCACCCACAACAUAUUGGACAGCCCCCACAAUUUCAAAUGUUACAAGGAUUUGAAGCUGGAGCGACACCUUUUGGUGGACAACAAAACUUCCUCCAGACCCCUACUACUAGCAAAGAAAAGCAAGUUGACAACAAAGAAGAGAAGCAUUACGACGAGGAUGAAGACUACGACUAUGAGGAUUAUGAUGAGCAUGAAUAUGUUGGUGAAGAUUACAGUGGUGAUCAUCAAGAGGGAUCGUUUCACAUUCCAGAUUCCCAACUUGUUCAGAAUUGGCCAUAUGGAAAUAAUGUCAACAUAGAGGGGAAAUCUACUGUGACCUACACACCACCUACUGGCCCUGGGCAAAUCCAGGGACUUGGCCAUGGAGUUCCAGCUCAAGGUCAUCCAGGGCAAUUUCAGGCAUUAGGAUUUCAUCCAGGGUCUCGUCCAGUUGCCCAGGCACCUAUGCCAGCCCCUGGAUUUUUUAGUACACCUCCUAAGCAAGCCGUUUCUGGAUCCUCUUCUCAAAGCUCCAUACCUGUUAGUAUAAAUACUUUGGCAGUAACCGGAUCCCCACUCACAAUGGCUGCUACAGCUGUCAGCUCAACAAUGCCACCAAAUAUAGUAACAUCAAACACAUCUGGACUCCCUUCACAAUUUCCAGUUGGAGCUGAAGUUGGUACGCCAUUCACUCUUGCAAUGCCGCAAAAUACACCUACCAUCCCACCUGCUUCUGUUCCCAUAGCAACCAAUGUUCCUGCUGCAGCCAGUGUCCCUUUAGCAACCAGUGUGAGUGUAGCCCAGAGUGUCACUGGCGCACCUAUCAAGGUUACUUCCCCAGCAACAUCAUUAUACCCAGUGAUAACCCCUGUUACUCCACCUACAACAGGCAUUACACCAAAAUCCCCGAAAGAUUUGAAAGCUGGAGGAAAAAUGGGACGUGAUAGGCGGAUAUCUGAGAGAUCAUCAGAUGGGGAAUACUACCAUGAAAACGACAGCUAUAAUGAGCCUGAUUUUACUCCAAUUGUUCCUCUGCCAGAAAAAGUUGAAGUUGUCACUGGCGAAGAAGAUGAUGAGCCAAUAUUCCAAGAACGGGCAAAACUUUACCGAUUUGACUCGGAGACGAAGCAGUGGAAAGAACGUGGAACUGGUGAGAUGAAAAUCUUAAAGCGUAUUGAUGGCACCUCUGUGCGAAUCCUCAUGAGACGUGAACAGGUUUUGAAAAUCUGUGCCAAUCAUAAAAUAACACAAGAAAUGGCCUUGUCUGCGAUGCCAAAAAAUGACAAAUCCUGGAUCUGGCAUGCAGUGGAUUUCUCUGAGGGCGAGUCAGUUCUUGAACAAUUUUGUAUUAGGUUUAAGACGCCUGAAUUGGCAAAUGAGUUCAAAGCAGCUUUUGAAAAGGGAAAGAAAAUAAUGGCUGCGAUGCCGAAAUCACCUGUGAAGCCAAAAGAACAGCCAUUGAAAGUUGUUGACACAGUUGAUAUGUCUAAGUUUAAACCUAGUAAAGACAGCUGGGACUGUGAAACGUGUUACAUUAAUAAUCCAGGUGAUAGGACACAAUGUCCUGCUUGUAACACUGUUAAACCUGGCUGUGAACCCCCUGCUCAAGCCAAACCAGAAGGUUUUACAUUUGGAUCAGGCGGUUCUGGGUUUUCCUUUGGUUCAGGUGCAGCAUCAACUGGUGGUGCAGCUGCUCCAUCAGGAGGUUUCAAGUUUGGUAGUUCGGCUACACCAGUAGCUGCUGUAGCUGUCACUAGUUCUUCAACUGGAGGGUUUAAAUUUGGUGGAUCAUCUACUCCAAGUUCUGCCACUUCUGCUUCAAGCACUACAACAGCUUCUACAAGUGCAACAACAUCUGGUGGAUUUAAACUUGGUGGAACAUCUACUCCAAGUUCUGCCACUUCUGCUCCCAGCACCACCACAUCUACAAGUGCUGUACCAUCUGGAGGAUUUAAAUUUGGUGGAGCAACACCAACAACAACGGCAACAAGUGUCCCAGCGACAACUCCUAAGUCAGUUGGAUUUACCUUUGGGACUACGUCAGCUACCAAUACAACGACUACAUCUAAUAAAGGGGCAGGAAUCCUGAAAUCCCUGUUGGAAAGUGGAGAUGAGGGUGAUCAGAAAGUUCCGGAUGAAAGUGCUAAAUCGACAUUAGGUGGGUUCACCUUCUCAGAAAAGCCAAAAGUUGCUGAUGAGAAAAAACCUGAACCAGUUGCUAAGCCAGUUGAAGUUAAAAAGACUGAGGAAGCCCCUGCUGCUAAACCAUUUUCAUCGUUUUCAUUUGGGAGCACUAAAUCGACAGACGAGAAAUCAAAACCUCUCUCUACGUUCUCGUUUAAAGCUCCUGAACCGGCAAAGAAACCAGAUGCUCCAUCUAGUGGUGUGCUUUUUGGGUCAUCUGGUGAUGCAUCAUCAUUUUCUAGCCUGGCUAGUGAGACUGCAAAGACCGAUGGUUUUAAGAAAACUGAAGGAUUUAAAGGAUUUGGUGGUGAGGGAACCCAGAUCUUUGGGAGUCCUAGUAGGACUAGAAAGGAGAGUGAGGGGAGUGAAGGGGGUGACGAUUAUGAGCCUAACGCUGAUUUUAAACCAAUAGUACCCCUGCCUGCUCUUGUAGAAGUCAAGACUGGAGAAGAAGAGGAAGAAGUACUAUUCUCAGAACGUGCUAAAUUAUUCCGAUAUGACACAGAGAAAAAGGAGUGGAAAGAACGAGGAUUGGGAAAUAUGAAAAUAUUAAAACAUAAAGAUACUAAAAAGCCAAGAAUUUUGAUGAGAAGGGAGCAAGUUUUGAAGAUUUGUGCAAACCACGCCAUAUCGACUGAAAUGAAAAUGGAACCCCAAAACCAGAGUGACAAAGCAUGGUGUUGGCACGCUAAUGAUUUUGCGGAUGGUGAAUAUGUAGCAGAAUUUUUAGCUAUUAAAUUCAAAACUCCAGAACUUGCCAAAAAUUUCAAAGAUGUUUUUGAUGAAUGUCAAAAGAGACUUGGGGAGAUAUCUCAAGAUUCUUCGAAAGCAGAUGGCAGUGAAAAAGCUGGGAAUGCGGAUGACCUUGGUGAUCGGUUCAAACCAAAACAGGGAGACUGGGAAUGCCCUGGUUGCUAUGUCAACCAUGAAGCAAAUGCUGACUCCUGUAAUUGCUGCGGAUCGAAUAAACCAUCAGAAAAACAAGCAUCCAAAGCUGAACCCAAAACAACCAAUGGGGAUCUGGCUGCCAUGUUUAAACCAGAAGAGGGAUCCUGGGAGUGCACUGGCUGUUACGUUAGGAAUGGUCCAAAACUAGUUACAUGUCCUGCUUGUGGAGGUACAAAACCUGGUGAAACAGUACAAAAAUCGGAACCGAAAUCACUGUUUGGGUCAGGACCUACUGGGGUGAUUGGUGAAUCUGGAGGAUUCAGAUUUGGAUCGGGGGCUUCACCUUCCACUGCAGCAUUUAGUUUUGGGACGCAAAAGCCGACAGGUGAUUCAGUUGAUGGAGCUAAACCAAGCGGUGGAUUUAGCUUUGGUAAAAAAUCUGAACAAUUCAGUUUUGGAAGUGCUAGUUCUUCAUCAGCUCAGAAAACUGAAGCUGAAAGUAGCACAAGUGAACCACCUAGUAGCACAAAAGCAACAUUCUCAUUUGGAAAACAAUCUGAGCCAGAUUCCACAACAGGGUUCUCAUUUGGAGCCAAAGAGGGCAGCACAGGUUUCUCAUUCAGCAUGACUCCUACAGCUAGUAGCUCUAUGAAACCACUUGAUCUUUCUAAAACGACAGCUAAAUCUCCAGGAGGAGACGAGGGAUAUUACGUCAACGAUGAUCAUGAUGUUCACUUUGAACCUAUUGUUCCAUUACCAGAUAAGGUCGAAGUGAAGACUGGCGAAGAAGAUGAAGACAUUCUCUUUGUACAGAGAGCUAAAUUAUUCCGAUAUGUCGAUACCCAAUGGAAAGAACGUGGUCUCGGGGAUAUUAAAAUCUUGAGACAAAAAUCAACAAAUAAAACCAGGCUUUUAAUGCGUCGCGAACAAAUCCUCAAAAUAUGUUGUAAUCACGCCAUAACAGAAGCAAUCGAAUUGAAACCAAUGUCAAAAGCAGACGGAAAAGCAUGGGUGUGGUUCGCAAUGGAUUGCUCUGAGGAAGAACCCCAACAAGAAAAUUUUGCCAUAAAAUUCAAAACUACCGAAAUUGCCCAACAGUUUAAAGACAUUUUUGACAAAGCAAAGUCAAACAGCUCAGAUCUUAAACCAGUUGAGAAUGUUUCUAAGGGGUCUGUGACACCUAAAAAAGACUCCUCUGCUAAAAAAGAAGAAUUUGUGUUCAAAUCUGAUGUUUCAACUACGCCAGCUGAUGCCAAGCCUUCAGGAUUUAAAUUCACUCCUUCACCCUCUGCUCAAAAAUUCACAAGUCCUAAAGUUGGUGAUGCCUUCAGUUUUGUCAGCACACCUCCCUCAUCAAAAACAGCCAGUGAACAGAGCCCUCUAGCGAGAAGAGAAGAGAUUAAAGUUGAAGCGCCAUCUUUUACAGAAACUCAAGAUUUAGUUGAUGAUGACAUCGAGAUUGUAUAUGAAUGGAAGCCAACUCCCGAGCAAAUGAAACUGGCUGAAAAAUACAUGUUGAAUCCUGGUUUUUACCGUUCAUUAGAAGCACCACCCUGUCCAGGAUGCAGAGGCUGUGAUGAGGAGGAUUUGAAAGAGAGAGCAGAGACAACAUCAGCAGCUCAGUCAUUGCUUGGACAACUUCUCUCUAGCACAACAGCUGAAGUCCAGGAGCAAACUCUUACUCAACAAGUUUCCUCAACAACUGGUAACCUUGGCAACCUAGCAUAUUCCAAGGAGUUAAAUAAACUCGCUACGAAGGAUGUCCCAGUAGAAGAGGAGAUAGUUUCAUCAAGUACAGGUGUACUAGGCGAUCGUGGCAAUUUAUCAUAUAGUAAGGAAUUAAACAAGGGGGCUAGUGCUACUGUCAGUGAGGAAAUCAUUACUUCAACUACUGCUGGUGUGACCGGUGAUAAGGGAAAUCCAGAAUAUGCAAAACAACUUGAUAAAGGUGCAGCUGACAGUACUUCAGGGAACUCACUUUUUGCUAACACAUCUGUGACAGGGUUUUCCUUUGCAUCCGUGGCUGCAGAUAGCUCAGGCUCUGGUUUUAAUAAAAAUAAAGAUUCCAAUAAGCCAUUCAGUUGGAGUGGUGCUGGGAAGAGUGUGUUUGGAGAGUCAAAGGAACAUGUUGAAGGAGACGAUAAUGAAGUUGUCCCUAGUGAUGAUAUUCAUUUUGAACCAAUUGUCAGCCUUCCUGAAGUUGAAACUAAAACAGGUGAAGAAGAUGAGGAAGCCAUCUAUACUCAGAGGUCAAAAAUAUUCCGCUUCCAUAAAGACCUGAAUCAAUGGAAAGAACGGGGAAUAGGUACUUUGAAGAUACUUAAACAUAAAGAAAAUGGCAAAAUGCGUGUUCUGUUACGUCGUGAACAAGUCUUGAAGAUAGCAUGCAAUUUCCCGAUAACCUCCGACAUCAAGCUUCAACCACUCCAGACCUCUGAGACGUCAUGGUGCUUUGUGUGUUCAGAUUUUACAGAUAAUGAAGCUAAAAUUGAACAAUUUGCCCUUAAAUUCAAGACUCCAGAAGUUGCGGGUGUAUUCAAGGAAAAGUUUGAAGAAUGCCAGAGUCUGUUGGACGCCAGUGGCAGUGGAGAUGCAGGAUUGAAUCUCGUGACAUCAUCUCAACCAGAAUCUGAGACUCCAGCUAACAAAGAUGAGAAAAACAAUGAUGACCAAAACAAUGAUGAGAACAAGGAUGAUGAAGCAGCUGGUGGCUACAAUGAUGAAUACGAUGAUGAUGAUGACUAUGAAGAUGAAGACGAACAAAAUAUCCUCUUUCAGAAACGUGUCACUUUAUCGGUCAUUAUGGGGAAUAAUCAAGCCCAGACUGUUGGCCUUGGAGAGUUGCUUGUUCUAUAUGAUGAUGAGUUCUUUGGUUCACGCGUCACAAUGCAAGGAGAUGAUGGCAAUGUCAUAUGUAACCAUCUGGUUGCCACGGAGACGAGAAUUCAGAGGAAUCGCAAGAAAAAGUUCUGUGAAUGGGAGGCUAUCGACUUCGCCACAAAUCAACCAAUCAGGCGAACUUUCCGGGCACAGUUCAGCUCAGAAAAUGCUGCAGAAGAAUUUGAGAAAAUGAUCAUAGAGGGCAAAGAGUUUGCAACCCAGUCAGGUAUUUACGAACGAGAUAUCGGUUGUGCAAUGCCCCGGGAAAUUGACAUUCCGGAAGUUGCCGGAAGAAUUUACGAACAGGGAGAUGAAGACAAUGGGAAAUCACUCCAUGAAGUGGUGGAGAGUGUCAUAACAACAGGGUCAGCAACAGUGACUGGAAGUCGUGGCAACCCUUACUACGCAGCCCAGCUUGCAAGUCCAAACAAUGCUUCAAAUGUGUCAACCCCUGGAUCACAAUAUGGCACCCCCACAGCAAGAUCAGAACAUGGGGUUUCCGUUUCUGAUGCAGAUUCAACAUUCACAGAUUCCAGAGAAACUUGAUAACAAUAAGCGACAGCAGACACUACACAACCUAACACCCCUUCAGUGUUGACAAUGGAUAAGCCAAAUAGACUAUCUCACAAUCUAAAUUGACUAGUUUAUAUCACAACAAGGGGUGUCACAACUUAUACUGGACUAUUUUGGUGGUAAAACUGAAAUGGACUAUUUAUGUAUAAAGACAAUACACGCAUUCAUGUGACUAACAUUAUUUCCUUCAAG